CCUCGAGAAACUUUUAAGACGCUUCAAUUUCAUUGUAGUUUUAUUGGAAUUUAUUUCGAUUUAAUUAAAAGCCUACGUAUAAUCUUAGAAUUUAUAUAAUUUUGACUGGGCUGGUAGGCGUAGGCUAGGUGUGACAUCAUUUCAGAGAAAUGAGUUCUAGGUCAGCCUUGGCCAGUAAUUUUUCAAGAAUUGCAUCACAGGUCUUAUUUAGUAAACAGAUAAUUUCACCUUACAACUACAUAAUUAGACUACCUGGAGGGUUUUGUUAUGAAGCAUAUAAUGCACAAGCAUGUGUCAACCCAUGGAGUUUGUUGAGGAUGGUGGAAUGCGGUCGUGGUGCUUGCUUCAACCCCAUUCCACCAGACUGUCACUCUUUCCUUGACGUGGCAGAAAUGUAUAAAAAUUACUUCAUCUUUAUUGCAUCAACGUCAACAACAAUUUCCCCCAAGCUUUACAAUGUAUCUACGGUUAAAGGACCUCUCAUCUUGGAUGUUAAGCUAGAUUAUGUUGGAACGAAGACAAUAAAAAUGAAGACUGUCAUGCAUUUAGAAGGGACAGAUGAGCCACUUUGUGAAAACAACACGCAGUCUGUACUGGUUGACAACUCUACACGCAAACCUUCAGCGCCCCCAGACUGGUGGAUCCAAAAAUAUUCCCUAGGCUCUAACAACGGAACACCUUUAAAACUUGAACCCUUGCAGUUGCCUAAGGACACAAAACUUAGUGAAUAUGCCUUUACUGUUGCUGCUACGGAUGUGGACUCGUACUUACAUGUCAACUGGUCCAAUUUCGUCAAAUAUUUUUACAACACGUUUCUCAACUUUGAACUGAAGAAAGUGGGCAGAGAUCAUGCAAGUCUGGCCUUUCGCAACCUGAAGAGUUUUGAUGUGGCGUAUAUCAAAGAGGCAAAUAUAGAUGAUAACCUGGUUAUCAAGCACUGGCCAGUUGAUAAAUCUGAACACAUUCACAACUUCCAGAUGUUUAAAAAAUCUCAGGUAAUCAGUGAAUGCAAGUUUGAAUUUUUUCCAUGAAUAAAAUCAUAUUUACCAUUCUGUAAAUUACAAGAGACAUAUUUAAUAGAAAUAAUUUAUAAAAUAUACAUUGUAUAUUUUUUUAUUUGUACAUUGUUCUCAAGUCCAACACUUUCCAUAUGUUGUAGUGGUGUGAAUGGAAAGGAAACACUGUUUUUAAUUGUAUGUGAUAAUA